GCCAUGACCUCCCUCUUGGCCCUGUUCUGUCUGGGGUUGAGUGUGAGCACCAGAAUACUAGUGAAGGCAGGGACCAUCCCCAGACCCACCCUCUGGGCUGAGCCAGGUUCUGUGGUUCUCAGGGGUAACCCGGUGACCCUUUGGUGUCAGGCGAACUCAGGCGCCCAGAGGUUCCAUCUGGUUAAAACAGGAAUCUCACCAUCCUGGGAGACUCGGUUAUCACUGGAACCUGGGAACAAGACCAAGUUCUCUGUCCCCUUUGUGACAGGAGCAUAUGCAGGGACUUACAAAUGUUACUAUCUCAGCCCCGUCGGCUGGUCAGAGUACAGUGACCCCCUGGAGCUGGUGGUCACAGGCCUCCACAACAAACCAUCCCUCUCAGCCUUUCCGAGCCCUGUUGUGGCCUCAGGGGAGACCGUGACCCUUCAGUGUGAUUCAUGGCUGGGAUUUGACACAUUCGUCCUGACUCAGGAGGGAGACUCUGAAAGCCCCUGGAAACUUGGCUCACAACACCUUUCCAGUGGGCAACGCAAGGCCCUGUUCCGUGUUGGCCCCGGGUUCCCCCACCACAGGUGGUCCAUUCGGUGUUAUGGCCUUUUCUCAAACACAUCCCAGCAGUGGUCUCACCCCAGUGACAAGCUGCAGCUCUUGGUCUCAGGCACUUCCAGAAGACCCUACCUGCUGAGCCCACAGAGCCCAGUUGUGACCCCAGGACAGACCCUGACCCUGCAGUGUCACUCUAAGGAUGUGUAUGACACCUUUGCUCUGUACAAGGAGAAGAGCCAGAACAUCCACCAGCACCCGGGCCACCAUCCCCAGGCUGGACUCUCUCAGGCCAACUUCACCCUGGGCCCUGUGAGCGCCUCCCAUGGGGGCCGGUAUCACUGCUUUGGGAGACACAAUUUCACAUCCCUAUGGUCGGAGUCCAGUGAUCCCAUAGACAUCUUGGUAGCAGAACAGCUCCAUGACAUUCCAACCCUCUCAGUGGAGCCAGGCCCUUCUGUGUCCCCAGGAGACAAUGUAAUGCUGCUGUGUCAGUCCAGAGGCUGGAGGGACACUUUCCUGCUGGCCAAGGAGGGGACAGUCGACCUCCCACUGUGCAUCAAAGUGGAUAAGGCAGAGGCAAUAACACAGGCCCAGUUCUCCUUCCACCCAGUGACCUCAGCUCACAAUGGCACCUACAGAUGCUACAGCUCCAACAGCAAAAGCCCCUACAGGCUGUCACACCCCAGUGUCCCCCUGUAUAUCUGGGUGUCAGCCUCCCGAGACUACACCGCGGGGAAUCUUAUCAGGUUGGGCAUGGCUGGCUUCAUCCUGCUGGUCCUCGGGAUUCUGCUAUUGGAAGCUUGGCACAGUCACAGGAGAUGCUGA